GGCAACAGAUAUGCGCUAGUUCUAGUGGACCAUCUGUCCAGGUAUACCACUCUAGUAGCCCUUCCCAGGAAAGACCCCCAAACAGUGGCAGAUGCAUUUUUAGCUAGGUUUGUUACUGUGUUCGGUCCGCCUAAAGUUCUAGUAUCUGACAGGGGACAGGAGUUUAUUGGUAGUUUAUUUCAGGAAGUAUGUAAACUCUUAGAGACAACAACAGCGCUAACAACAGCAUACCAUCCCCAGACGAACGGCAUGGUGGAACGAACUAAUAGGACGGUGAAGGAUAUGCUUGCCAUUUUAGCAGAGAAUGACCCGGCCACUUGGGAUGAACAGUUGCCCUUUGUUCAGUUUGCACUAAACACCGCAGUGCACCAGUCAAUAAAUACUCAACCACUCUUGCUGUUUACUGGACACUCGUGUAAUUUUGCGUCAGGUCUGCUUAACAGACAUACUAUUAGUUAUGGAGAGGAUUAUCCUUCAGAAAUCCUCACCAAGAUGAAGAAUGCAUGGAGGAUAGCAGCUGAAGCAUCAAAGAAAGCAAGGACACGGUCUGCUCACAUUGCCACACUGUCGGCCAUAUCCCAUCUCUACAACUGAGGCCAGAGUAGCAUGUCACCGCUAUUGUCUGGCGGGAACCAGGUUUAGUUCCCGAGGGACAGGACGGGUCACACUACAUCACCCCCUCCAUCCCUCACCCCCCCACCCUUAUUAGUGGUACCUGCCAUGGUGGGGGCGGCUACAAGUCAAGGUCACAGCCAACACCUCAUCACUUAAUGAGGUUAUGGAACUGCCAACACUAGCUGUCAUCUGGAGG